CGUAGUUUUCGAAAACAGCGAUGGCCGCCUUAGCUAGUAGCAGCAAAGGACCUGAACUUUCUAAAGCUGAGUACCUGAAACGGUAUUUAUCUGCCGACGAAGAUGGCAAGAAAUCAAAGGGGAAGCUCAAAAAGAAACGUCGUAAGGUUCCUGAAAGAGGACUCACGAUAGUAGACGACGACAUAGACUGGAAACAGAUGGUCGAAGAGGAGAAGGAGGUUGAAGAGGAGGAAGACGAGGCUCCAGUGGUUGCCGAGGUGGUCGAUGAUCGACCAGAUGAAGUCAAACAGCUGGAAUCCUUCAGAAACAGCAACAGAUGGAAAGUGAUCGGAGCAGAUGAAGAAGAAGGCGCAAGCGAGAGUCGCCAAGACUCGCCAGACCUGUCAUCAAAGGGAGCGGGACAUGAUUCCCCUGUCAGAAAGACCCGCCAUGACUCUCCAGACCCAUCCCCUCCAAGAAGAGGUCGCCAUGACUCCCCAGACACAUCCCCUCCCAGGAAAAGUCGUCAUGACUCUCCAGACACAUCCCUUCCCAGAAGAGAUCGCCACGACUCGCCAGACUUGUCUCCACGACAGCAACAUUCAGGAAAAACGGGAAAGGUGCAAAGUAAAGAUGCAUCCCCCAUGAGAAGAAAGCCUACUUCCUCAUCGUCAGGUAGAAAACGUUCACCCGAUCCUCAUCGGUCACCAACGGCAACGAGGACUCAGAACAGGCAUGAUUCAGAAGGCGACCAAUCUCCUCCACGAAAAAAGCCACAGAAGGGAGGGGCUUCAGACUCAGACCAGUCUCCUCCAAGGAGGCGCUCAAAGACAAGACAAGGCUCUGAUUCUGACCAGUCUCCACCCAGAAAGCGGCCACAGAGAGGAAAGGACUCGGAUGAAGAUCUGUCACCACCUCGUAGACCUGCCCAAUCGCAGAGUGAGAGGAUGCUUUCUGGUGGAAAGGCAGGUCUGGUUUGUGUAGAUGUUUUAAGGAAAGAGCAGGAAGAGAACCGACGCAGAGACAGAAACAACCAGCCCCUAGAAGAUGAAUCCCGCAAUGCCCAGACUGUGUUUCGAGACAAGAGCGGCAAAAGGAGGGAUUUGGAUUCAGAGAGAGAAGAACAGAAGAAGAAAGCUGGAGAAAAAGCAGCAAAGGAUGAGAAAUACGCUCAGUGGGGGAGAGGGUUGGCCCAGGGCCAGAUGCAUCAGCAGAAACUUGAGGAUGCACUGCACGAAGCCCAGAAGCCAAUGGCACGUCACCGUGAUGAUGAGGAUCUUGACCGUAUGUUGAGAGAGCAGGAAAGGGAGGGAGAUCCAAUGGCUGCAAUGCUCCGACGGAAAAAAGCUCGUAGCACCAAGACAGAUAAGCCUCAGUAUAAAGGCCCAGCACCACCUCCAAACCGGUUCAAUAUUCUGCCAGGCUAUCGCUGGGAUGGAGUUGACAGGUCCAAUGGUUUUGAACAGAAGCGCUACAAGCGGAUGGCAGAUAAAAAAGCUGUCCAGGAGGCCGCUUAUAAAUGGAGCGUGGAGGACAUGUAAUGGAUACUUGAAACCGAUUAAUGAGAAGCAGAGCUGUGGCACGGCACUGCAGAACUCCUGUAGAAUUAGUUGAGACAGAAAAUCUGUGCUGGUGGAGAACCACAGCAGAUUAGACUCAUCUUCUCAGCAGAUCUGACAUGUUGCUAUAGACUGAGAAAGAUUUUUCUCUCUCCCUUUUUUCCAAAACAGUUAGGCACUCUACAACAGUUACCAGAUUAUUACAGACCGAUAAACUACAAACAUAAGUGUACAUAGCAGGGAGGUGACAGCAUCUUUAUGAUUUUUGUAGUAAUUGAUUCAAUGACGGGGAAAAAUAUGUUUUCACUGUAUUAUUAAAUAAUGUUUUGGUAAAGUGUUUUACAGUA